UCAGGAUCCCCUCGCAGUCUUUCCUGUGACUGGGCUGCUAUGCACCUCCUUGCCCAGGCUGGGGAAGAAUAAGUCUUUGUGGCAGCAGGGAGUCAUUCAAAGAGCAGGCCCUGCCAGGACAUCCAGGGGCAACUGAGAUAUACAGCCCACCUCAGGAAGCAGCAGACACCUGAGGAGGAAGAAGAGCAGCGAGUGGUCAAACCCUCAUGGGUGAAUCACACUGAUCUCAGUUCCCUCUCCUGGUUUUACAGAUGUGCAGAAACAAAUUUGCUUUGGGUCACGCCAAGAUCAAAAAAUGUUCCCUCUCCACCUUGCUCCAAACAGGAUGGGAACCCAGCUAGCAGCCAUCAGGGGAAACCGCUUCCUAGGGCCAGGCGGCUACUGGAGUCAGGAGGAAAGCAGCUUCAGGAACUCCUUUGGAACAAAACCACUGAGCAUGAAAGGUUACGCGAUAGGAGCCCGAACGGCCCGGCGAUUCGUACCAGAGCCACGGAUGGCGACUCCCGGACCAGGAACAUACCAGCCAUUCUGCAAUAUGGAGAGAAAACGCCAGUCUAACUAUGCUCCAUUUUCCUCUAAGACACCACGAUUUCCUGAUAAACCUCCAAAGAAAGAACUUUUCCCUGGACCUGGAACUUAUGAUGCAGACAAGCGAUUACACAAAAAGAUCACUUGGCCAAUGAAGUUUGGGUCUCCAGAUUGGUCUUUAGUGCCAAUGCCAGCGAAGAGGAUGCUAAAAAUGGAAGUUCAGAAGCUGAUCGUGGACAGAGAAUUCAGGAAGUAUCAGAACCGCGUGGCCUACCUGAGUUUGUAUGAGGGCUGAACAGCGAUGCAUCCUGUGCAUGCCUGCCAUGGGCACGUCUGCCUGCAAUACUCUGCCUCCUCAAAUAAAACCUGUUCAAA